UACAUUUCUCACAAGCCCAAUUAUCAAUACUUACAACAUUGAUUCUUCCUCCUGUCUCAUCAUCCACGUUACAUUCUUUGCAUGGAUUUUUUUCCUUCGCAUUUCUCAACCGUUCAUCACUCCCUGCAACACUUCUCGAUCUGGAGGGAAUCACGUGACGUGAUCGACCCAACUCACCACAUAUCCACCGAUAAACCAAACCAUCCAAUCAAACCCGCCAGGUCUGAUUGCAUAUGCCUCGGAUGUGUCGAUAUGCCAGGGCGAAGAGAAGCUACCGCGUCGCCAUGCCGCCAUUUUGUCAUUUCAUCUUUCGUCUUUCGUCGUUCCAUUGAGAGCUAGACUGCACUCUGGAAGCAAAGCAUCUAUAGCGUACCCGAUCGAUAGUAGAGGGCCCGAAACGGCCAGUUGCAUCCUCGAGGCUGCAGAGGAGAAUUA